AUGCCUGUGCCACCACCUAUAGUGCAAGACCACCAAGCCAACGACCGAACUAUUACUCUCACAAACGAAUUUGAAAAGAUGAAACAGCCAUCGUUCAAGGGAGGAAUUGAUCCACUAAAGGAUAAGGCGUGCCGUUGGUGGAUGUUUAUCCGAGAAGAACACCAAGGAAUGAAUUGGGCUCAAUUUUUGGAUGUCUUCUAUAAGAAAUACUGCCCACAGAGUAUCCAGGACAGGAAGGUGUUGGAGUUUGAGAACUUGAAGCAAGGGAACAAAACCGUAGCGGAGUAUGAAAUACAGUUUACCGAGUUAGCCCAUUUCGCGCCACAUUUGGUCGAUACGGACUACAAAAAGGCAAGGAAAUUUGAGGGAGGUCUUCGAGACUCCAUUCUUGAGAAGAUUAAUGUGUUGAAGGUACAGAAAUAUGUGGAUGUAUUGGAUAGGGCCAUCAUAGUGGAAGAAUGUGGAUAUGUAGCUUUAUUUGCUAUAUCUGAGAAUGUGGCUAUUGUUGUUUAUACAUGA